UCUAUCUCGUGAACUAUUUUGGCUAUACCCAAGAAUCAGCUCGACUAAAGCAUAGCAGAGGUUUGUUAGCCCCAAUAGAACCAGAUUGGCGCUUCCAAACAGACGCACGUGAUUGGGGCUUCAACGCGUAAAGUCGCGAUGGGACGUGGUGGUCCUUCUCAGACAAUGCCACCGAAAACGAAACGAUCUAUCGCUGUUCGACUUUGAUGUCCAACUGAUCCUUCAUCCUUUUGUACGUGUAACAACCCAUACUCGUCCCAAUUCGCGCACAAUUAGCCAUUACAAGGAUUCGCAUUCUAGGUAGAGGUAAAUUUGGCAUUCAUUCAUCAUCAAUCUCAUAUUCAUUAAGUCAUCUACGCAAUUUCCCAGACGUAUUGACGCACUGAUUCGGCAAAUAUGGCAUCCAUCAAUGAUCUGGCCGCUGCAGCAACGAUAGCGUCGUCAGCGGUUGCCUUACAAUCUUCGCCCACCCAGCAAGCUACCCAACCCGCAUCGGCAUCCGCGGCAGGGUCUGCAACAACCCCAUCAUCGCCUCCAUCUGCGCCGCCACUCAUAUUCUCGGCAGAUUCCACGUCCCUUCCAGGUGCUGCUGCAUUAAUAUCUACACCACCAGGGUCCACACCUCUAACAUCAGCCCAAGGACCACCACCUGCACCAAUGCCCGGAUCAAUCUCUUCAACAUCCACCACCCCCGUGCUGGCCGCACCCCAAAUAUCGCCCCAGAAUCCGGCCCAGGCCAUGAUCCCGGCUCCACCACCGGCCCUUGUCUCUCAUGAAGCCGAGGAUGGCGAGCCCAUGACCGUGGAUUUGGAUGGGGCCACGGGCCCCGGCGCCGACGCAGUAGCACCCCCGCAGAAGAAGCCCGUGAGAGGCGCCUUUGUCGUAUUUGAGGGCAUGGAUCGAGCUGGGAAGACGACACAGGCCAAGUUGCUGCAGCAGAGAUGCAUUGAGGAGGGGAGGAAUGUCAAGUUCAUGCGCUUCCCUGACAGAACAACGCCCAUAGGCCAGAUGAUCGACAACUAUCUCAAAGGCCAGGCCGAGAUUGAGGAUCACGUCAUCCACCUCCUCUUCAGCGCAAACCGAUGGGAAGCCUUGAACACCAUCCAGCAAGCGCUGGCAGCGGGCACCAGCGUCAUCUGCGACCGUUACUACCACAGCGGAAUCGUCUACAGCGCCGCCAAGCAGAACCCGCUGCUGUCUCUCUCGUGGGCAAAGGCGCCCGAGAUCGGCCUGCCGCGGCCAGACAUGGUGCUGUUCUUCGACCUCGAUGAGCAGGUCGCCCGUGAGCGCGGUGGCUGGGGCGGCGAAAUAUACGAGAAGGGCGAAAUGCAACACCGCGUUCGCGAGCUGUUCUGGGGGCUCAGUAUGGGCGAUUUGGGUAAUGCCGACAAGGGUAAGGACAAAGUCGGCGACGGUCAAAACGACGUCAGCGAUGACCAGGCCGAAUUCAGGCAAGAGGAGGAGGAUAUCCAAAUUGUGGAUGCCAACAUGGGCGUCGAGGAGCUGGCCGAAAAGGUGUGGGAGGUCGUUUGGCCUAGGCUUGAAGUAGUGGGCAGAGGUGAGCUUGGGCACGAUGUCAGGGUUGUCAAGUAAUGGUCCUCAGCAGUGACACCGGCGAUACAUACUUCUAGUCACAGUGACGUCCAUACCAAUAGCCAUGCCUGCGGGAUUGAAAGGUCCCAUUAUCGACUAAGUGACACUGGCAAUUGAGUGUACUGUACACUCUACGAGUUGAGUGGGCGGUUUGCGGUUUGCCUCGGCAUCCAUGGAAGUAGGCAUGUACGUUGGGCAUAUGGAGCUUGGUAUUUCGAUGGGAAAAUAGUGUCGUACACAAAUUGUGAACAAUGAAGAGUCA